AUGGAUGAAGACAACACGAUGGAAGGUAACCCCAAUCACUGCGCCGAUGAAGAUAACAUGAUGGAGGGUAACCCUCUCCUCUACCUCUAUAUCGGAACUACAAGGGAUUCAGUGGUCACAGAUCUGAAAGCAGAGCUUGCUGAGGUCAAGAAACAGCUGGCUGCUCGGGAGGAGCAAUUCAUCGAAUUAUCUCAGAGAACUGCAGCAAUGCAAACUGAGUUCUCUAACAUCGUUGCUACCCUGAACCAGAAAAACACAGACUUCAAUAAGAGAUUCAGCAAAACAAAGGCAGAUGCAGCCCAGCGUGCUGAAACCAUCGACGAAAAGCUUGAAAUUCUGGAUGAAAGAUAUACCAGAGCAUAUGAGGCCCAAACUGAGCAGGCAGAAUAUCUUUGGUCCUGCUAUGCCCGAACCAGAGAUGAUGAAAUCGAGGCUCUUACCGGAAGACUUGAUGCAGUAGAGAACGAGGUCAAGAUCAUGGAAAUUGGGUCCAUGCGAAUCAAGCGCGAUGCUAUCCAAAAAGACCAUCUAUCUAGCAAAUUAUGGAUGGCACUGACUGGAGAUCGGCCAUCACCAACACCGGACAGGAAGCGCCAGGCACGAGAAGCUCGCCUACCACUGCCAGAGAGACUAAUGAGUGACGAGUCCGAGUCCGAGGGAUGA